CCUAAGGAUUCUUCUCAUGUAUGUUUCUCAAUAUUUUAUAUCUAUACAUUGAGAAUAGUGGAUUUUGAAGGCUCUGAUUUGUUUUGGCUGAGUGUUGUUUUUGUCCUCUGCUGUAAGGUGCAGGAGGCCAGGCUGACUAGGGAUGAUGAAGCUCAGAAGAAAUGUCUGCAGGACUACGACCUGAUGCAGGAGAAGUACAUCGUGGUGCUGAUGGCCCAGUCCAAGAUCUACUGGAACCGGGAGAACUUCCAGAUGGUUGAGAAGAUUUUCCGAAAGUCUGUAGAGGUCUGCAAUGAGGACGACACCUGGAAGCUGAACGUAGCCCACGUGCUCUUCAUGCAGAACAAGUACAAGGAGGCCAUCGGCUUCUACGAGCCCAUCGUCAAGAAGCACUAUGAUAAUAUCCUGAAUGUGAGCGCUGUGGUCCUGGCCAACCUGUGUGUGUCCUACAUCCUGACCAGCCAGAAUGAGGAGGCUGAAGAGCUGAUGAGGAAGAUCGAGAAGGAGGAAGAGCAGAUCUCCUACGACGACCCCGACAAGAAGGUGUUCCACCUCUGCAUCGUCAACCUGGUCAUCGGGACGCUGUACUGUGCUAAGGGAAACUAUGAUUUUGGCAUAUCUCGUGUCAUCAAGAGCCUGGAGCCUUACAAUAAGAAGCUGGGAACAGACACAUGGUUCUACGCCAAGCGCUGUUUCCUCUCCCUGCUGGAGAACAUGUCCAAACACAUGGUCAUGCUGAGGGACGCCGUGGUACAGGAGUGUAUCCAGUUCCUGGAGCACUGCGAGGUGUACGGUAAGGAGGUCACGGCCAUCAUCGAGCAGCCUCUGGAGGAGACCCACACCCACAUCGGAAAGAACACCGUCACCUACGAGGCCAGAAUGCUCAAGGCGCUUUUCUACGAGGUCAUUGGCUGGAACAAGUGACAGGAGUCACAGCAACACAUGAGGUGUUUUACCACUUUGAAGGAGAAUGGAGCAAGGCACAGAGACAGCAUAACAAGGCCUGCUGUGCAAGCUCCUUAUUCCUGGGAAUCAAAUCCAGUUCCCCGUUCUGACUCUCGUCAAAACACACCCCAGGUGAAGCUUUUAUUUAGAAAUGGAGUGAAUCCGGGGGAGUUUGGGCAAAAGGAUGGUUGCAGCAGAUGUGACAUCAGUUUAUGUUCUUUCUCAAUGUAAUGGCGUCUUUGCUUCACUUCACAGACUCUCAGACAUUCAUAUUUAUUUAGUACUUUUAUUAUCAGUACUACUUUUUUACCGCUAUAGAGGAUAUCAUGUGUAUAUAUAUAUAUAUAAAGCAGACUUGUUUAUUGUGUUUACAUGGAAUACGUGAUACAUUUUGUACGUAAGUUCCUCUACAGAUGUCCUCUUUGGUCAGUGCUGGUUUUACAGCUGCCUGCUAGCUUUAUAUUCAGUAGAUACAACAAUUUAAAGAAAAUAAAGAUAAUAUUUUUGGAAGAAAAAACUGUCUAUGAUGUUUUUCUUUAAGUGAAUAUUUCAUGGCCUUUUGCUCCAAUCAGUCACACAUAUUUAGAGACAGAUCCUGCAGACACAAAGCUCAAGGAAACAACGACUAAAGGUCAGUAUAUUUGAAUGAUAGCCAGAUUAUUGAAUAUCAUCUCAAAUCGUUUACACCUUUCCCAGGUCUGAAUUGGGAUGCCAGCAUUGCCAUUUUAAAAUGUUCAGAAUAAGAAAGUUAUCAAAUGUAACAAUUUCCUAUAAGUCCUCACACCUUGUUAUACUUUUAUCCAUCCUCCAAAAUCAGCCGGUGUCUAGAUUCUGUCUUAAUGAUGACGGAGCAUCUGAUAAAUAUACACAGUGCAGAAAAUGUAUCAAUCAAAAAUUGUAAACGCCUAUUAUUAUAAUCUUUUAUUCAGAUCAUUCAUUUAUAGCUCAUAAUACAAAGCCAAAAGUACAGCAUCUACACACUCUGAUGCAGUCGGGGAUGUUAUGCACAUUUACACAAGUUGCUUUGUGACCCGCCAAAAAAAA